GGAUAUCAUUAAGCUCACCGCCCAGUUUGUAGCAAGGAAUGGGAAAAAUUUUCUGACAGGGUUGACCAGUAGAGAGAAUAAUAAUCCGCAGUUUCAUUUUCUGAAGCCUACUCAUAGUAUGUUUAUGUUUUUCACUUCAUUGGCAGAUGCAUAUUCAAAGGUCCUAAUGCCCUCAAAAGGCUUGACCGAUAAACUAAGGAAGAGUGCUGCUGACAUGACGACUGUUCUUGAACGUUGCCUGAAUCGAUUGGAAUGGGAAAGGUCACAGGAGCAGGCAAGGCAGAAAGCUGAAGAUGAGAUAGAACAAGAGAGACUGCAGAUGGCUAUGAUUGAUUGGCAUGAUUUUGUUGUAGUUGAGACUAUAGAUUUUGCUGAUGAUGAGGAUCAAGAUUUGCCUCCUCCUAUGACCCUUGAGGAGGUUAUAAGGAGGAGCAAGAUGUCAUCUAUGGAGGAGGAAGAAUUUGUUGAGCCUGGGAAAGAGGUAGAAAUGGAGAUGGAUGAAGAGGAGGUUCAGCUUGUCGAAGAAGGCAUGAGAGCUGCUACCCUUGAGGAGAUUGCUGUCCAGAAUUCCGAAGUGAAGGCAGUUACAGAGGAUCAGGAGGCGCCAAUGAGAAUUGUGAAGAACUGGAAAAGGCCCGAAGAAAGGAUGCUUCCAGAAAGGGACCCGACAAAAUAUGUCAUCUCUCCUAUAACUGGGGAGAUGAUUCCAAUAAGUGAAAUGUCUGAACAUAUGAGGAUCUCUCUUAUUGAUCCUAAAUACAAGGAGCAGAAAGAGAGAAUGUUUGCAAAGAUUAGGGAUACAACACUAGCUCAGGAUGAUGAAAUUUCUAGAAACAUUGUUGGGCUUGCAAGAACACGGCCUGAUAUUUUUGGUACCACUGAAGAAGAAGUGUCAAAUGCAGUCAAGGCUGAGAUUGAGAAGAAAAAAGAAGAACCAAAACAGGUCAUAUGGGAUGGUCACACCGGCAGCAUUGGUCGCACAGCUAGCCAGGCAUUGUCCCAAAACAAUACAGAAGAUCAGUAUGAUUUUGUUAAUGAUUCAAGGAACCUUUCGGGACCUCAAGCACCGCCCCCUCCUAGGCCUGGUUUGCCAUCAGUUCGACCACUUCCUCCACCACCUAGUUUAGCACUAAACAUUCCUCGCCCUCCCAGUAGUUACCCUUACCCAACCCAUAGUAACCCAAGUGUUAAUAUCCCACCACUUCCCAGGCCUCCUGUAAUAAACACGAUUCCACAGGUGCAACCUCCACCCCCUACCAUCUCACCCAUGCCUGGGCAACAUCUUAUGGUAAACCGUCCCCCAAUGCACACAUCAAUGUCCAUUAAUGCUCCUAACAUUUCUUUACCACCACCGCCUGGCUCUCAAUUUACCCAUAUGGGCCCUCCUCGGCCUUUUGUUUCCCAUUCCAUGUCGCAGCCUGGAAUGAAUGUGGUCCCACCACCUCCAAUACUGCCACAUGGAAUGCCUCCACCACCUCCACCUGAGGAAGCUCCACCACUUCCCGAGGAGCCAGAGCCUAAGAGGCAAAAGCUUGAUGAGUCUGUACUCAUUCCUGAAGACCAGUUCCUCGCCACACAUUUGGGACCUGCCCGUAUCAGCAUUACUGUACCAAAUGUUGAAGAAGGAAAUCUCAAAGGGCAGGUUUUAGAAAUUUCAGUGCAAUCAUUGGCAGAAACUGUUGGCAGUUUGAAGGAGAAGAUUUCUGGUGAGAUCCAGCUUCCCGCAAACAAGCAGAAGCUGAGCGGAAAGGCUGGGUUUCUCAAGGACAAUUUGUCGCUUGCAUAUUACAAUGUGUCGCCAGGAGAAACACUCAAUCUUUCACUCAGAGAACGUGGUGGCAGAAAGAGAUGAAGAUUGAUAGUUUUCAAGGCCAUCAAGAGGUUCAUAUUGGAACUACUAUGACUUUUAAAAUCCUUUGAAUAUCUAAGACAUUGUUCUUAGUGUUGUUAUUUAGCCUAAAAAUUUUGUUCAUCAUGUACACAUAAUAGUACUUUUCAGUUUUUAAGUCCUUAUGCUGGCGGCAUGACAAUCUACUACAGAAUUGGCAUCUUGGCAAGGCUUCACUGAGGCUGAUGGGAAGUUUGCUUGUUCCAUUUCUAUAAGCUGCAAUUUAUCAAUAUGUUUUUUUAAGUGACUAAUUAUGUCCUCUCUUGACAUGCAGCUGGUCCGCUCCAACUGAGUUUUUAGUCUUUGCAUUGAAGUAUCUUUUAUUCAAUUGAAUUUCUAUGUCGUAUAUGUUCUCUACUUUGUCUUUUUGAAUGAUACUCUUUCUCAGCAUGCGGUACGGUACUGUGAACUCUAUCUUGGAAUGAGGUUUGUUUUUGUAGGACUUGUGAUAAGAGCACUGUCAAUGCUCUUCACACAUGCAGACACGUUCAAAACUUGUUUUCAAGCUUUCAUGAAUUUAAAGUCGGCCUAUGGGCAAAUUGUUGAAGGGUCUCCCGAAUGCCUGAGACUGUCUCUAGGAUUGCCACAUGCUCUUCAGUUUGGGCUUUAGCUUCCAUUUUGAGGAAGCUACUUGGUGCGUUUAUGUGCGCCCUAUUUUUGCCUUCUUCCACUUGCUCACGCUUAUAUACUAGGCGUUUCUGGAAUUGUGCUUAGUUUUCACCUUUUAAAAUAUUUGUGUGGAUGCUUAGUAAUUUAACAUGUAUGCUGAGUUAAUGGCUACUUGUCCGUUUG